AUGAUUACGAAUUGUCAUUUGUUUGCUCUAAUUUCCGUCAUAGUUUCUGUUAGUUCUAGUACAAAUAAUGAGUUUUGUAGUAAAGAUCAGAAAUCUUGCUCAGAAGAGCACAACAAAUAUAGCAGGGAAUUAAAUGACUGGUCUUUAAAAAUCAAAGAACAAAUAAAUACCGCUAUUAAUGAAUAUGUUCCUUGUAAAGUAGAAAAUUGCAGCUGUCAUAAGUCAGUAAUCGAUGAGGACCUGGUACCAUUUAAAGGAGGCAUAACUAAGGAAUUAUAUGACAGAGCUCGUGCGAAAGCUACCAAAUACCAGAUUAUUGAUGGAAAGUUGUACAGAGAAGAAGAAUGCCAUUUUCCAGCUAGAUGUGCAGGUGUAGAACACUAUCUUGUUGCAAUUGCAGCAAAAAUGCCUAAUUUAGAACUAGCGCUGAAUACCAGAGAUUGGCCUCAAAUUAAUAGGGCCUGGGGCCAUCCAAAAGCACCAGUAUUAUCAUUUAGUAAGACUAAAGAUUAUUAUGACAUAAUGUAUCCUGCUUGGAGUUUCUGGGAAGGUGGUCCAGCUAUAUCCUUGUAUCCUACUGGUAUAGGCAGAUGGGACAAACAUAGAAUCUCAAUAUCUAAAUCUGCUGAAAAAUGGCCAUGGGAAAAGAAGGAAAAUAAAGCCUUUUUCAGAGGAUCUCGAACAAGUGAUGAAAGAGAUGCUCUUGUACUACUCUCUAGAGCUGAACCUGACUUAGUCGAUGCUCAAUACACCAAAAAUCAGGCUUGGAAAUCAGAUAUGGACACCCUUUAUGCACCGCCAGCAUCAGAAGUGCCAUUUGAAGAACAUUGUAAAUACAAAUAUUUGUUCAACUACAGAGGAGUGGCUGCUAGCUUUCGAUUCAAGCAUUUAUUCUUAUGCAAGUCUCUGGUCUUUCAUGUUGGUGAUCAAUGGCUCGAAUUUUUCUACCCAUCACUUAAACCUUGGGUACACUAUGUUCCUAUUAGUCCCAGAGCCUCACAGGAAGACAUUAAGAAGUUAAUUAAUUUCUUCAAAGAACAUGACGAUUUAGCCAAUGAAAUCGCAAAUAGAGGCUUUCAACAUAUUUGGGAUAAUCUAACAGAUAAGGACGUGAAAUGUUACUGGCGUAAACUUCUAAAGAAAUACGCCAAACUCGUGACUUAUGAUGUAGUAAAAGAUAAUAAUCUAAAAUUAAUUUAUUAA